AUAAAUUGCUAGUAUCCUCGUUGAGCCCCUGAUGUUCAUCCAGCUGUUCCACUCUCGUUGGCCUCGUAUAUCCCUUGCAAGCUCCCCGUCAACGGAUCAUCACUAUCUUUUUCCAAACAAGCUAGUUACCCUGGUUGUACGAACACAAUGGCCAGCCAAAAGGCGCCUAACCAAUCCAAAUCAAUUGACGAGUAUCGAGCGUUAUACAAAACAUAUCUGGAGCACUGCAACGCUCACGACUUUGAAGCCAUGAGAUCGUUCUACGCGUCCCCUAUCGUCGUCAACGACAAACCAAUAACCCCAGAAGAUGCAACAGCUUCGUUCCAACCUAUGAUCGACGCAUUUCCCGACUGGCACUGGGAACUGCGAAACCUCACCAUCGAAGGCGACUAUCUUUCGCUUCUUUUCAAAGUCACAGGAACUCAUAAGGGUGACUUUCGAGGCUACAAAGCCACCGGCCGCAAAAUGGAGACGAAUCAAUUCACCCUGUACUAUGUCGUGGAGGGAAAAUUCGCACAAGUUUGGGACCUUGUUGAUUUCGAUACCUUGAUUGAGCAGAUCAAAUAGAGGAAUAUUUAUGGCAGAUCACGUUAGUCAAGAUUGAACAAUGACAUUCUUUGUUUCAGUUUUCCUGGGAAUUUGGUGAAUUAAGGAGGUGAAGCCAAACCAGGCUUAGAAAGAACAUCGAACCUUGUUCGCCUAGCUGGAGAGUAGCAUGGGCAAGGAUUGCGUGUUCCAGUGACGAUACCACGCUGCUGGGUACCAGGUGCCGAAAUGCCGGGUGAAUUGUUUCAUCUGAUUCAAUAUCAGUACUCAACUGAGCGUCGAGCUCAGACUCGGAUGAUUGUGAAAGUCAUUGUUGGGUUAUGUGACUACUCGUAAUAAGGUCAAAGAGCAUAGGGGACCAGUCAAAACCGUUUAUUUCCGAAAGAAGAGUGAGAACCAAG